AUGGCCCUCAUACAUUUGCAUCUCUUUUUUCUCCUUUCUCUCUUGUGGUCGACCGGGCUGAUUUGUUCGGCAUGCCCCUCGCCUUGCUCAUGUAUGUAUCAAGGUGGCAGUAACGACACCAGACUCAGAUUUGUGGAGUGUAGGGAUCCAGCCAUCGUUAUGGUCCCAACAGGCCUACCAGCAGACACCUUCAAACUGAGGUUGCAGAAGACAUCAGUGGUUCGUGUGCCAAAGGCUUCGUUUUCAGCACUCGAGCAACUUCGGUACCUAUGGCUCACCUACAACUCCAUCACAACACUUCACCCACGCAGUUUUUCCAAUCUCUCCACCCUCCAUGAGCUGCGAUUAGAUGGGAACCUCCUGUCAGUCUUCCCCUGGGAUGCUCUCAGAGACAUGCCCCGCCUGCGCACACUGGGGCUUCACAACAAUCGCUUGACAAGGAUCCCUGUCCAUGCAGCACGUUUCCUUGCUAACAUCACCUAUUUGGAUCUGUCGAGUAACAGACUGACCACCUUGCCCAAUGAAGUGAUUGCUGCCCUGCCUUUUUAUCCACCCUUCAACCCAGCUCAACCCCAAAGCAGAGUGGUGCUGGGUCUGCAGGAUAACCUGUGGGUGUGUGACUGUCGUCUUGCUCUACUUUUGGAGCUCAGUAGAGCAACAGAAUCCUAUCUGGUUCUGCUGGACCGAUACCUGGUGUGUAGCGGUCCGAAGGAGUUUUCUGGCGUUCCCUUCCAGAGUGUGGAACUGCCUCGCUGCCUCAAACCCUCUGUGCUGACCUCCACCACCAAGAUCAUAACUCCGUUAGGAGGUAACGUGAUGGUGCGGUGUGAAGCAACAGGCUUCCCCACACCAGUUCUCAUCUGGAUCAAAGCAGCAGGCCCCAACAUCAGCAACACAGUUUUCCAGAACUCCCCACAGGUGGGGAUCCGGUGGUCUGUGAUAAGCCUGAACGGGAUCUCGUACAGGGAUGCCGGUGAGUACCGUUGCCGGGCACACAACAUGGCCGGCUCAUCAGAGGCGUCCAUCAGCCUGGAUGUGGUUGGAGUCAUUACCAGAAAAUCAGCUCUCAAGAUGCCUGCCCAGAAACUCAGCAAUGAAUCCCCCCCUACCCUACAAAGCGGCCCCUCGGCUUUGGAGUCAGUUCCCAGGCGGUACAUGAACUCCCCCAAAACCAGCCGGAAUAAGAUGAAAAGGGAUCAACUGAAAAGGAACAAGAUGAAGCGGGAUCAUAUAAAGCGGCAGAAGAUGAAAAGGGACAAGAUGAGUGCCCGGCAAAUCAAGUGA